AUGGUACCUAAAUUUGACAGGGUGACAAGAAUGGACGGGCGAUGUGCGACAGUUUUUGCAGCCGCUGCGGCAAUAGGAGCAAGUUUUUACGUAUUUUUGGCUCCUGAUGGCAAGGAAAAGAAAAAAUCCAGGCGGGGUAAAUACUAGUUACUUCCUAGUUACCAUUUAACCGAGAUCAAAAACACGCCACAAAGCAUCUAUAUUAAACAUCAGCUGAGUUGAAAUUAGUUGAUCCAGUCGAUCAGUCGAUUGAUCUUUGUAGCUGUGUGAUAAUUUUUUUGAGAAAGAUGGGAUGCCCCUUUCUUUAAAAAAACGUGUGUACCAAGAGUAAAGAAACUUUUGAUGUCAAAUUACCUCGAUGUUUGAGCUACUUCGCUAGUAAAUUCAGUUUGAGAAUAAGCUUCAGUUAAGAAACUUGAGCAAUGACUGGCGUUAUAACUAAUAUGACGUUUGUACAAAAUGAUUAUAUGAAUAGAGAAAAAGCAAUAUUAGAACUGCUUUUAUUUUAAAGUGUAAACUACAUGCCUCAAAAAUGUUGAUAUAAAAGAGGUAAACAUCUUACCAGAAUUUUGAUGUAUAUGUUGUAGUGAUGUCCAUAAUUGUUACUUUGCUGUUAUAUCAACAGAUCGCCCUCCAGGUCUUGUCAAUCUUGGCAAUACUUGUUUUAUGAAUUCUAUAUUACAGGUUUGUAUUUAUAAAUCUGGAUUUCAAGCCUAGACAGAUAUCAGGUGGAGUGACAUCUAGUUAUAAAGGGGAUAUUUUUUUAUAAAGAGGGUGUGGACUGCCAUCUUUUUAUGGUGGAGAACUUGUAUUGCUAAUUUAAAAGUUCUGUUUAAAUAUUACUCAGUAGUUUCUUGUUCAACUUAUGGUUCUUUUUAUCUCAAGGGAAUUGCAUUCUUACCAUCAUUUGUGGCAUGGUUAGAAGAUUUUUCUGUUGAUGAUGAUGGAAAAACUUUCUCAAGUUUAGGAAAAGAGUUGAGAACACUAGUUACUGGUUUGUACAGCUUUUUAUUGUUAGUUGUUGUAUAACUUUUUUUUAUAUCUUUAUGAUCAGUCCUCAUAACAUGUAUAUUUUAUUUGUAGCUCUAAACACUGGCUGUUUUGAAGGAGAUGAUGUCAUUAAUCCUGAUUUUGUAUUAAAUGCUCUUGGGUCCCAUGGUUGGGUCAUACCUACAGACCAGCAGGUAAGUGAAUAAACCACAGUGUCUUAUCCAGAGAGAGGAUCUCCCAUCCCCUCCCUCUCAUUAGACCUGUGAGGCUUUUUCACUAUUUGUCUAAUGAAAACAUUCUUGCAGUGACAGGAUUGCAUAUUACUACUCACCUGAAUUCCACCUUUUAAAAAAAUUCUUAAACAGUACUAUGGGUGUUCCACAGAGAUUUUUUUUUUGUUGUUUAAUUUUUUUUUUUAAUUGACACCACAUGACACUCUUUCCUUUAUUAGGAUGCCCAUGAGUUCUUCCAUGUACUUUCUUCAACUCUUAAUGAUGAAAUGGUGAGAAUAACAUCCUCUUGUACCAGUUAUGAAGUAUUUCACAAAUUGUAAUUAUGUUUUGUUAGGUAGUCAUUGCUCUGUCAUAUUAAUUUUAAUUAUUGUAUAAGUGAUUAUCCAAGGUACCCUCUUUAUAAUUAGACAGUCAAUUUUCAGUAUUGAGCAUUCAUUUCACAGGGAGAUCUUCCCAAUGUGAUGGACCUCAGUGAUAUUGCGAUUAUAGAAGUAAGUGAUGAGUGAAUUUUGAAACUCGAUGUUGUUUGUCAGCUUUUUGAAGUGCUCUGCUCUACAACUUUGUCAUAGAUGUUGAAAUUGGUUAUUGCUAGCAAAACAUGUUUUUUCCAGAUUGAAGGUGUGCACCCUCUUCACUCCAACCUUGUAGUAUAUUGAGCAUAUAGUAAAAGUGCUCUGCACUGAUAUUAUUGAUAUCACUGUGGGACUACUGAAUGCAGGGCGUGAAAUUAAUUUUUUUUUUCUGAUAGCCACUUGGCUCCUAAAUUCAUCAAAGUGGUAGCCAAUUUAAAAAAAGUUGGUUGCAUUUUGAAAGACAAACAAAACCUUUUUUUUACGCUGUCAUCAUUCUAGAAAUUAAGUUAGGGAAAAGAUCUUUAACGUGCUACAAAGGGGACACUAGGAUGGAUGAUAUGCAAUGUUUAAGCUCACCUAAAUCCAAGAUGGCAUCUAGUAUGAUAGAGAUGCAUCUGCUGCGUUUUGGAAACAAACUUAACGGGGAAGUUUGCCGCAGAUUUGUCUUUGCAAAUCUUUUUAAUUCACUAUAUCUCUAGGUAAGGCUAUGAUGAAACAUUCUAGUCACCAAUUUGGUGACUAAGUUUCAGGAUUUGGUCGCCAAAGUGAAAAAUUUAGUCGCAUUGGCGCCUGUAUUAGGCGCAAUUUCAUGCCCUGGAAUGCGGUAAAUGUUCUUUAAUCGAGUAACAUGAUUGUACCAGCUUAUUAGAUGCUUGACUGAUAAAUAAAGACAGAAUACAGAAAGCAAUUAGAGAGUGAAUGUCUGAACUAAAUGAAUACACAACAACCCUUGUGGCCUUCUUGACCAGAGCUAGCCUUAUUUUCUGUAGCAUAAAGCUAGGUUUACAUAGAGUGCCAUCUCUUUCUCAGGGUGGGAUGCUAGUCCAUUAAAAGUUAACCCCCCUUCCUCCCCCCCUUUUAUUUUAUCAUCAGGUUUCCCUAACAGUUCUCAGUACCUAUUUAUACUCCCAGGUGAAGGGGGGUGGAGGGGGGGGGGUGCUGUGAGGGUAGAGUGUCUCACCUUAGAAUAAAACUUGAUGACCUAGCAAGCUCGUGAACCUUUUUCUUUUGACUUGGAGUAAAGUAUUCUACAUAUUAGGCCACUGCAUUUCUUGCUAUUGUUUUGUGUAGUAAGUGCCUACCACUCUUCCUGUGCAGAAAACUGAUGAUUCCAUUGACGACAACAAAUCCAUGGUACACAGAAACAAAGGUAUUUAAUUUUAUGUUUUUGUUUCACUCAAUUAAUGCUGUGUAAAUGUUGGUGGGCCCACGGAUGAUUCAUCAGCAUGAAUUUGCUCAUUUUCCUCUCUAAAUGUAGAUGCAUGUAUUUAAAAUCUCUCCUGAACUCUGAUGUUUAUUUGCUUUUAGUCUCUCUCAGUAGAAAAUGUAAAAAACUUCAUUUACCAUUUCAUGGCUUGUUGGCAAGUCAGUUGGUGUGUAAGCAGUGUGCUACCAAGGUAAAUGACUCAUUUAUAAUUUUCCCCACCAAACUGAGGUAGCAAUUGUUUGAUAACUACUGUGCUAUUGAUAUUUUCACUUAUGUAGCCGUUAAUAUAUUUCCUUUUAUUUUCCAAUGUGAUGCUCAUUGUCACUUUAUACUAUGGUAACCUUGUUUAAAAGGUGUUCUGUGACUUAAGUUUUGUUAACCAUGCUCUGAGUCACCUCUAAAAAUUUACUAGACGUUGACAAUCAAUGGACUAUUCACUACUUCUUUGUAUUUUAAUAAUAAUUGUUCUGUGUUUUUACAGUGUCCCGUCAAGUUUGACAGUUAUGACAGCCUGUCACUUAGUCUACCAACAACUUUCCAGGUAUCAUAGCUUAACCCUUCAACUCUCAAGAUCUUAUUAUCUGAUUGUCAGUUCUCCCCAGCCUUUAGCUGCCACAGUAUUUAGGAUGAUUUGGUGUUAGACCAAGAUAACAACUUCUGCCUGCAUUCUCUUUUCUAGCUUGUUAGUUUUGCUUCAUCUCCACUCUUCAUUUGCACAUCCCAGUUUGUUGACAUUCAUUAUUAUCAUAUCUACAUGACCACUUUAUUGCGAUCAUUUUUUGCCUCAAAACAAAUUAGUAGCAGUAUUUAUGAGCAGUGAAGCAAAUGACCUUUUCCUCUCUCACUGCUGACCAAAAGCAUUUCUGUGUCGUUCAUUCUUUAAACUACACAGUCUUAACUAUUGCUCUGUAAUUCUGUUACAGAAGGGCUUGAGAUUAGAGGAUCUUCUGCGCAGAUUUGUGUGUUCAGAGACAGUGGAUGCUGUGGAAUGUCAUGGAUGUCAACAGCGACAAAACACAGAUGACUCGACCAGCUCUAUUCGCACGACUUUUAUUAAGCGACUUACUCUUGGAAAAGUAACUUUGCAUCAUUUUGCUUUUGAUUAUUAACCCUUCAACCCAAAGGAGUGACCAACUAUUAGUUUCUCCUCACAAUAUCACCACUGAAUCAAACAUUAAAGUCAUGAGAAGAAAGUGAAUGAUCAUUAGCUUAACAAAUUCUCCUUGUCAUUAUCAUAGGAAAUUAAUUGUGAACACUGUGGAGAAUAUGCACAGUGAUAACUAGGAUGCAGAGGGUUAAGUACUAACUUACAAAUAUCGAUUUUGUCUUGCUGGGAAUGGCAAAAUCAGCUAAAGCAGUUUUUUUGAUGCCUUCUUCUAACACUUUUUUUCUUGUCAAUUUUUAAGCUACCACAAUGUCUCUGCUUCCACAUUCAGAGGACAUAUUGGCAUUCUAAUGGGAUUCCAUUCAAAAAUAACUCAUUCAUCAAGUUUCCAGAGUUCCUUAACAUGAAGCCCUUUUUAUAUGAGCCCAUAGACUCAGACAACUUUCCUAAAAAAGACCAAGAGAAGGAACAUCCCAGUAAGAAGUUGGGUUCCCUGACAAAUGGAGGCCUUCGACUUUCGGCAGCCAAUGGAGGAGAUUUUAAUGAUUACUUGGAUGAACUGGUUACGUCCUUUGCAAAGUCAGGCAAAAAGAGGUAAAUUGAAAAUAAAUUUUUUAAAAAAUUCCAUUAGCUCUUUUCAACUGAUUUUUUUCUUUUGUUAACCAUUUAACUCCUAAGAGUGAUUAGCAUCUAAUUUCUCCUAACAAUUUCACCCCUGAAACCAAAAUCAAGGUCAAGAGAAUAAAGGGAAUGAUCACCCACUAAGAAGCUCUUGAUUGCUACAUUAUUUCUCUUUGUCAGCACCUUAGGAAAUGUCUAGGGAGGGUGUAGAGAGUGAAAGAAAGUUUGUGCUCUUUACUCUCCAUUUUUCAUCAUCAAUUGUUUGCUUUUUCUUUGUUUAGGACACUAGCUGAAUAAUAUUUUAAUACUUCUUUUCAGUAAUCCACUUGCACUGAGUGUAUUUCAUUACAAUAAAAUUCGUAGUCCAGGUGUAUGUACUUUUGACACUCAGAACAGAUUGAAAGGGCAAAGGCAUUUAUAUCCUCAGGCUAUAAGGCUGUCCCAGGUUAUCUUGUUCAUAAUGCACUUUUGACAACUCAGUAGAAUUUAUCUAUGAAACACAGAGUUUUAACCUUAAACACCCAAGCAACAGUAUCCUUAUUCUCCAUACUGUUCUCCAUACAUUUCAUAGAGUGCUGACAAGGAGAAUUUGUUCAAAAUAAACAGCUUCAUUAUUUGGCGAUCAUUUUAUUUAUUCUUGCUAUCUUGCAAGGAGAAAUUAGAUGCUAGUCUCUCUUGGGGGACAAAUUAGGGUCAAAGAGGGUGAAAUGAGAUGUAUGUGAUGCUUACGAGCACUUAUUAUGAAAGUAAUAAUGCUGAGAGAGCUUGGAAAACCCUGUUCUCAUUGCAAAGAUCAAGAACUGUAAUAGCUUUGCUAAUAAGAACUUCUUUUUCUUACAGUACAGGCCAGGCAGUUUUCAAGCUGAUGGCAGUUAUUGUUCAUAUGGGAACUGUUGAUGAUGGCCAUUAUAUUACUUAUCGCAGAUUUGAAAUGCCACAGGGCAAUGAGCAGGGUUCAAAAUGGCUUUACACAUCUGAUGAACUAGUGGAGGUGACUUCACGAGAUCAAGCUUUAUCAAGUUGUGCAUACAUGCUUUUCUAUGAGCGGGCUAAUAGGUAG